AUGUUAACAUACAUUGAACGAUGUGGAUGGUGUUCGUCCUUGGCGUCGUCGUCCACAAAAAAUCCCUCGAAUGUUGAUCAGUCAACAAAGCCUUGUCCAAUUCCAUCGUCAUCGCGUGCUUCAACAUCAAUGCUCUUGAAUAGGGAUAGUAUUUCUCUUCGUACCAAUUCCAUCUCGUCGUCUACAUGCUCAGACGAGAAAAGAAACAAAACAUCUACAACUCUUCGGCAUUCAUCAGGAGAACAAAGCAACGAUUAUUAUACAAAUAAACGUAUCGAAGAAUUACACGAACGGAUGGAUGAUAUACAACUAACAAAUUUUCUCAAAUUCAUCAAUCAUCAUUUGUCAUUGCGAAAAGAUCAUGAGCAACUUCAUAUCAAUGAUUUUAUCAAAGAUCUAUCCAAUGGACAUGUAUUAAUUGAUCUGAUCGAAAUUUUAUCUUCAAGCAAAUUCAAACGUGAACGCGGUCACACACGGUUUCAUUCGUUAACGAACGUGCAGAUCGUCCUAGAUUACUUAAAAUCACGUAUGCAACAUAUUAACAUUUCGCCACACGAAAUCGUUUCAGGAAACCGCAAACAAAUCCUCGCUCUACUAUGGAUCAUAAUGAAAACAUUCGAUUUUCCAGGCUUUCGCAUAACAAAUAAGAACUGUUUCGUAGAAAACACGCUACUAGGGUGUGGUCAAGAUCGCAGUGUCACUGUUAAAUGGUUGAACAGCAUCUUGAAUCAAAGUCUCAAUUCGAUUCAAGUCUAUAUCAAAGAUUUUUAUCUUCAAACAUGGAUUAAUGGUUAUUAUUUAUCGAUGAUCAUUAAAUAUUUAGUACCAUUGAGUAUAAAAUACUUAACGAUGAAAUGUUUCGAUUAUUUGAAACAGCUAGAAACUGCUCAUUCACAAGACAAACAACGAUUUUAUUUAUGUUUGACCAUUUCUAAUUAUUGUUUUGACACGUUGACAGCAAUCGACGAAAAAGAUCAAAGCGAACGAUGUUUGUUUCGAUAUUUUACUGAAUUACAACAGAAUAUACUCGCUAUUCUUAAAACGAAUCAUACUAGUAAAUUAUUACAAAGUAAUCCUUACACUAAACAAAUACUUGAUACAGUUAUUCAAACAAGCAUCUCAUCAACAGGACAAUCGACACAUGUAAUUAAUAAUAAUGAUCAAUAUUUGACUUGUAUUGAAGACGAUCAGCAGCAGCACAUUUCAACAGUUGGACAUAAAGAUUUACCGAUGAAUUCUCGAGGCCAAUCAGUGUUAUCAGCGGGUGGUCCUCGUGAAUCAACAAAUUUACGAACAGUAGAAAAACCUCGAUUAGUUAACGAUCAACGAGAACAGCAACAGCGUAAUAGCCGUGACUUGCCUACUGUGAACAGUCAUGAUAACAGAGUGGUUAUAAUAGCUGAAAAACAACUUUCACCUAAUGAUACUCCAGGGAAAUCAGACCAAUCGGUAUCGUUACCAGUUUCAAAUGAACACGAGAGCAAAUCGGACCAAUCAGUUGUUGCAUGCCAAAAUGUCGAACAAUCCACGUCAACAGUUGAACAGACUAAUCCUAUAAACGAGCAACAGACACAACUGAACGUCGAAAUAGAAGAUCAAUCUGAGAAUAAUGAAAACAUUGAAAAGGAAGUUUCAAUUCCUACAAAUGAAACAUUAGAUCAACCUGUUACAAUACUCGAUGAGCCACAAGAAAAUGAACAACCAUUGAACAUAGGUGAGCCUUCCAAUGAAAAUACUAAAGAAUCCGAUGAAACUGAAAAGUCUCCAAUCGUAUCAGAACAAGAGCAAAUUUCCUCAAACAUCACCCUUAAAUGCGAAGAAAUGCAACGAACUGACACAUCAAACAUAGACGAGAUAUUAUCUGCAGUAAACCAUGAAAACGUUGAACAACUUAUUGACAAUAAUUCGUCUGAUUAUGCAAAUGUUACCGUACGGGAAAGAUCACACGAAGAAUUUUUGUUAUUUAAUGAAAUACCUGAACCGGAAAUAACAGUAACAUCUGUUGCGACAGAUGUAGAAUCAAAACAACCUACAAUGGAAGAAUCAGCAUCGAUUAUCUUGUCAAACGAAAAAAGCGCAGAAAAAUUGAAUGAAAAUAACACAUCUGCUCCACUAACUGCCACCAAUGAACCAAUUCUGUCUACAGUGCCUAAGAAUAAAACUAAAAAACGUGUAAAAAAGAAAAUCGUUAAUGAAAUACCAACGAAAUUUAACGAACAACCAGCAAUUAAAGUUGAAGAAACGGAAGAUAACAAAUCUGACUGUGCACCUUCGACAAUCUCAUCAAUCAGCAAACCACAAGAUUAUAAACAAGCGGAAUUACAAGCGGUAACGAAUCUCAUUCCCAUCAUCAGAAAAGAAGAACAACCGAUCGUUGAUGAACCAAUCCAAAGUAUUGUUUCAAACUCUGUCAUUAUGAUUACAAAACAGUCGAACGAUGAAGUGAACAAAUCGACAGCAAUUAACAGUAAAAUAUCCAAUCAUAACGUGAAGAAACUUCCGCAAGUUGCAUCGUCAAAUAAAGAAAACCAUGAUUUUUCAACAUUCAACAAACAACCAGUCUCUGUUGUGAAAGAAUCUGAUCAACAUAAACUACCAAACGAGCAAGCAACAGGACACAAACGUGAUAGAUCUUUUGAUAUUAUCCACACGUCAUCAACAAAAGCAGACAGCGAACCAGUUCAACCAGCUGCUUCAAGUGACAAACAAGAGCAUGUUACAUUAUCAAAGAAACGGGUCAUUUCACCGAUAGUGUCACUCGAGAAAUCGGAACAAACUAUCGCGGCAAGUGAAGUAAUCGAUCAUGUACCAUUGAUGAGUACAAAUAAGAGAUCCGAACAAUCUGAAGCAUUACUCAAACGACAAGAACAGUCGGUCAAUUCACUUGAACAAGCAUGCACUCCGGCUGUAUUACGUACCGAGACAAAUAAGUUACCAUCUACAAAGAAAAAAUCUCGAGCAUCAAAUGCUAGAAAAGUCAACCCGAUAGUUACAAAUGAAGAUUCACGUGAAAUACCAUCUGAAAAUGAAAAGAACAACAUCGAAACACUGUCAAUCAUCCAAGAACAGAAACCACAGGCUGUUCUCGUCGAAACUGCCAAGGAUAAAUUAUCGCCUGAUGACGACAAAGCUCAAUCUUCAAGUGUCUUACGGUCUCGCAAAAAUAAAAAGAAAAAGACAGUUGCAACAACUAAUACGACCUUGAUUGAGAAGGCCUCAUCAGUUACUCUAACACCAACAGCAAAUCGUAGUUUUUUUCUCACCAUCCAAGAUUGUUUACUUGAUCGAAAAAGCAUUGCAUUCAAAUUUGUUUUUAUUCUUGCUUGUGUGUGCUUUUCGAUAUAUUAUUAUUGUUCUCUUGCCUGA